GGGACCAGCUGCAUUCCGAGGCUGUCAGCAAGCAGGUCUGGUCCCCUCGCCAUGGCCCUGUGGACGCGCCUCCUGCCCCUGCUUGCUCUGCUGGCCCUCUGGUCGCCUGCCCCCACCCGGGCCUUCGUCAACCAGCACCUGUGUGGCUCGCACCUGGUAGAGGCGCUGUACCUGGUGUGCGGGGAGCGCGGCUUCUUCUAUACCCCCAAGGCCCGCCGGGAGGCCGAGGAUCCCCAGGUGGGGGAGGUGGAACUGGGCGGGGGCCCCGGCGCAGGCGGCCUGCAGACCCUGGCCCUGGCAGGGCCCCCGCAGAAGCGCGGCAUCGUGGAGCAGUGCUGUACCAGCAUCUGCUCCCUCUACCAGCUGGAGAACUACUGCAAUUAG